UCACUCUCAGAUGGGAUAUGCCACGAUAGAGAGCCCAAUAACAAUUCAGCUUGUAUGAACUUUCGCGUCAUUUUGAUAAUUUUGGUCUUUACCGAUUUGCCCAAAGUUUGUUUGUAAUGUAGAGGGAAGCUUUAAAAGAAUUACCCAGGUCAAACUGUUUCAUGUAAUGUAAGAAAAACAUUUAAAUCUUUAGGGAGCUGAAGAAAACAUUUCCAAAAUGGGUCAGCGCCUGAGCGAGGAUAGUGACCCAGACAAGGAAAUUGAUGUGGCAGAGCUGCAGGAAUGGUACAAAAAAUUUGUUGUGGAAUGCCCGAGUGGAACUCUCUUCAUGCAUGAGUUCAAAAGCUUUUUUGGCGUUACUGAGAACAAGGAGGCCGCAGAUUACAUUGAAAACAUGUUUCGGGCCUUUGACAAGAACGGCGACAACACUAUUGAUUUUCUGGAGUAUGUGGCAGCCUUGAACUUAGUCCUGAGGGGAAAAUUGGAACAUAAGCUUAAAUGGACAUUCAAAAUGUACGAUAAAGACGGAAGCGGAUGCAUUGAUAAAACAGAGCUUCUUGAAAUUGUGGAGUCUAUUUAUCGACUGAAGAAAGCCUGCCACGGAGAGCUAGAUGAAGAAUGCAUGCUGCUGACCCCAGACCAAGUGGUUGACCGAAUAUUUGAGUUGGUUGAUGAAAAUGGAGAUGGGGAGCUCUCGUUGGAUGAGUUCAUUGACGGCGCACGGAGGGACAAGUGGGUGAUGAAGAUGCUGCAGAUGGACGUCAACCCUGGGGACUGGAUCAAUGAGCGAAGACGCAGUGCUGACUUCUAAGGCUAGAAUUUGAACUGUCAAUCUGUCGCAUCCUUCAUCCAAUCAUACUCUGAUUUUGUAUCUAUUGCAGUUUAUAUGUAUAUAAAAGAUGACAACACCAGUCACAUCCUGGAAUUCUAAUGAUAUAUUUUGCUUGUAAAGGGGCAACCUGUUUAUUCAUUUUAGUUUUGGUUUCACACAAGUUAUUAAGCAACAUAGUUUUGACAUUAUUUAUUGCCAUUUGAGGUAUGUUUCUAUUUCAUAGCUUGAAUACAUAGGGUGCUUACUGUAUUUACCUUUUGUGUCAUGAGCAAAAAUGUUAUUCAAUAAACAUACUUAAAGCCCCUACACAA